AUAUUCCUCUGCUUGCCGAAACUAUCCCAAAAGCUAGAAAACGCAACGCCUGAAAUGUUUGUUCUUUAACCUUUUUUUUCCUCUCCUCUCCUCUUCCUUCUUCGUAACAUUUUUGCCAGGAAGCAAAUCUGUGAGCUUGAGAGAGAUGGGGAAGAACAAUAAGAUCGGAAGCGUCGUGCGGAUCCGUCAGAUGGUGAAACAAUGGCAGAAGAAAGCUCAGACUCACAUCGGAUCCAACAAGGAGCCUCCCGUUUCCGACGUACCUCCCGGCCACGUGGCCGUUACCGUCGGCGAGAAUCGACGGAGGUACGUUGUCCGCGCGAAGCAUCUGAACCAUCCGAUCUUCCGACGGCUCCUAGCGGAGGCGGAGGAGGAGUACGGGUUCUCCAAUGUCGGUCCGCUGGCGAUCCCUUGCGACGAGUCGCUGUUCGAGGAGAUCAUUAGGGUCGUGACUCGGUCCGAGUCGUCGGGACGUGGCGGUCCGGCGACGUUGGAGGAUAUCAGGAGGUGCUGCCACGUGGGGGUGGCUGCGAGGAAGGUGGAGUAUUUAGGUGAAUCUCGGCCGUUGCUUCCUGCGAUUGCUGAAAAGUCGGUAUGCUAAAGGAGUUUCGCAAACCGGGAUUGAUUGAAUGCUUUGGUUAGAGAGAAUUUUUUCAAUCUCUAAUUAGAGAUUUGGUUUCAUUUUUAUGUCUUUUUUUUAUUUUUAUUUUCGUUUUGAUGAUUCUAGUUUGACAGGAGAUGGCAAUUAGGGGUUUGAUUGUUUUUUAAUCUGGUUUAUAUCUAAUGUCAUCCCAGGAUUGAAGGAGAUGGUGUUUGGUUAGAGAUCCUCAGUUUUAGAUUUAGUUGUUUUGGAUUUAGUCAAAAAUCCCUUUUUAUUUUGUUUUUUUUGGCUAUUUUCACUUUGUAUGUUCAGAUUUCUGGAUUUUAACUGAAGAAAUAAUAAAGAAAUUUGAAGAUA